AUCUGCAGGCUUCAGCCGAGUGCUUCUUUGUCUGCCUGCCCAUUUACAGUCUAAAAGAGAACAAAGGAUUAGGAGAUAAUCAUGUGCUGCUGCUGCUGUGAGAAAUGUAACUGCAGGCCUCUCGGUUUUCUUCUCGGCCUGCCGUUCGCCUUCCUUGCCCUCUUCAUUGGCUUCAUCGGAGCUAUUAUUUGGAUUUUUGGAUCGGUGCUGACUUGCAUAUGUCCUUGCUGCUUGUGUGUGACUGUGGUGGUAGAGUUUGCAUUGGCUUUGAUCAACGCUCCAAUUCUAGUCAUGAAAUGGUUCACCUCCAAAAUCCCAUGUUAGGCUCUUUUCCUUGAAGGUUAUACACCAAAUAUUUAUCAAUUAAUCGGAUGAGAUAAGAAUUACUUGUCAGUGUCAACUGGUUAACAUACUCAUGGUUGUACUCUUAUCUUCUUAGAAAAUAAUAC